GAGAGGCGGCUUUCAGUGAAAUUUGUCAAGUGUUAUGUAAUACGGCACUUAACUUCUCUUCUGUGUUCCCCAUAAGAACCAACAUGGAUUAUCCUCCGACAAAGCUUGAUUAUCAUGUAGAUAUGUUUAAACUCCAAUCCCAAGCCACGAUCCUCUCCUUAUUCAAGGCGGAGGAUGGACGUAUAGCUCUUAUAUUAGACUCUACCGUGUUUCAUCCGCAAGGUGGAGGUCAGCCAUCAGACACCGGUUUAAUCGAAUUCGCCGGUUCGGAUUUCAAAUUCUCAGUUCAAGAUGUUCGAUCCAAAGAUGGAAUCGUUCUCCAUUACGGAGUUUUCGAAGGAUCAGCUCCUGAAGAUGUUGAAAAGGGGCAACAAGUUCACUUGCUUGUUGAUGAACCAAGGCGUAUACUCAAUUCCAGGCAAGACAAAAAGUUGCAUUCAGCUGGACACUUGCUGGAUUUGUGUAUGCAGAAAGUUGGGUUAGGACAUUUGGAGCCUGGAAAAGGGUACCAUUUCCCUGACGGUCCUUUUGUGGAGUACAAAGGAGUGGUUGCACAGGCUGAACUGCUGGUGAAGCAGAAAGAGCUGGAGGUAGAAGCUAAUGAAAUGAUAUCCAAAGGAGGAAAAGUUUAUGCAGCUAUAGUACCCUAUGAAGAGGCAUCCGUGCUCUGUGGUGGUAGUCUUCCUGAUUAUAUUCCCAAGGGCAGCACUCCACGAGUCUUAAGAUUAGGUGAAAACCCUGGGUGUCCUUGUGGUGGAACCCACGUCUCCGAUAUAUCUGAUAUCAUAAGCAUGAAGAUCACGCAGAUGAGAACAAAGAAAGGAAUGACAAAAGUUUUCUACACCAUUGCAUCUUAAUUCCCGUAUACAAAACAAAAAAAAAAGUCAAGGGAAGGAAUUGAAGUGAUGACGACUGUUUCAAUCAGUUGGCUUCAACAGCAAGCAGCCUCUCCUGUGCUCAACAGCCACAAAUUAGUAUUUUGUGGUUAUUUUUUUCAUCAAAACUACUAAACGACUCUCUCUAUCAUUGAUAAGUCGUAUAUGAUAUGAUAUUGAUGUGAUAUGAUCUUCCACUCAGCCUCUUAUUAGCAUUACAAUAUUGACUCUUGGUUUGUAUAAUCAUACCAAACAUUUGGUCCCCGAAUUUUUAUUGAUGCAUCGCUUUGGUAUAAGGUAUGGGAAAAAAAUUAGUGCA